GCUCACUGGCAUUUCAUUGGCUCAAGAGAGGACUGUCAGUCUUGUCUACAGCACCUGCGUGCUCCUAGCUGCUUGACGGCUGUGCGUGAACUCACAAAACCCUUCUGGAUAUCCGUUCAUCUUCAGCCACCCGUGGUAGGAUGGAAGAAGCAGAACUCUUAAAGGAGCGCCUUCAAGCUAUUACGAAUAAGAAAAAAAUCCAAGAAGAAAUUGCCCACAAGCGGCUUGAGAUUGACAGAGAGAAACUAAAGCUUCAACAUGUCAAGAAAAGAUCCAUGAGAGAUCUGUGGCUCAUGGAUGGGAUGAAUAGCAGUAAUGCACAGGAAACCCAAAAAGCUCUUGAAGAUGCACAGCAAACUAAGCACCUCAAGAGCACCAUACAUCGGAUAGAGAAAGAGAUUGAAGCGUUGGAGAGAGAGGAAAUGAACAUCUCAACAAAUGAGGGGCUGAUUUUAAAGAGGCUCAAAGUCAUUGAAAGGUCUCCAGAGGACAUCAUUAAGGCAGUGCAUGCAGAUUUCACAACAGAGCCAAUCUAUAUUCAGUCAACAAUUCCAAACAUGCGAAAUCCCAGCACACCGCUAAAAAAUCAGAGGAAGAAACAAGACCUGGAAACUGAAGCAAAAACCGACCAAUCCAAACCUGCUUUGCUCGCCAUGGAAAUUAACGUUCAGAAGGACUUGCGCACAGGUGAAAGCCAAGUCCUCUCCACCUCCACCAUUUCUCCCCAAGAGCUCCAGCAGAAAGGCAUCAAAGUCUAUGACGAUGGCCGGAAGUCCGUCUACGCCCUGCGUACGGAUGGUCACCAGCCUGGUGCGAACGGAGUGGAUGAACUCAGUCCUGUUGAGGUCGAGGAGCUGCUGAGACAGGCGUCUGAGAAAAAAAAGAGGUCCAAUCACGUUCAGGUUCCCUACAACCUCUCCCAUGAGGCCAGUAAAUUCCAAGAGAGCCACAAAUCCAACGGAUACCAAGAUCCAUAUAGCGUCGACUUAUCGGCAUGGCCUGAGCUUGUGUACAGUAAUGGUGUGUGCUAUCCAGAGAAUGUAGGUCAUGGACUUCCUCUCCUGCCAAUGCCUAAUUACAAUGACAGACCAGAAGAAUGCUAUCACAACAGAGGGGAAAGACAUAUGCAUGGACAGUAUUACAACCAAAGAGAGAACCACCAGGGAAUGCGACUUUUGGAUUGUGACAUCAGAAACCACAGUCCAUGUUCGGCCUACUCUGAGGACUCCAAACUCAGCGUGCUGAAUGCCAUGCCAUCAGACGAGCCUGUCACCAUGAUCUUCAUGGGAUACAAGAAUGCCGAAGAUGACAGCCAGAGCUGUGAGGGCUCAGUUCAGGCAGAGCUGGUGAUCAUUGGAGACGGUGAAGAUGAAGCAAGCAAGAGCUUGAUCCCCCAUCAAAACUCCAAUGCCUUUAUCCCCUCUGCUGGACGAAAGGGCAAAAGAGACGGCACGGAGGACCCGUCCACUACAGCAUUACAGAUACAGAUGGAGAAACUGGGCCAAUCUGCAUAACACGCACAUUUUGUGUAGUUCACACUCUGGGAACUCUGAGAUUGUUGUACGAUGGUCAAGAGCGGCCAGCGAGACAAGAAACGUGAACCAACGUCUCAGCAGAGUCUUCUGAAAGUGAAAUAUGGAUGUGUUAUUAACACUUUUUGAGAAAAUAUUUCAAUUCUAACUCUUGACAACUUUAAUUUACUCCUAUACAUAAUUUACGUACAGUUUUAAUGACAAUAGUGCUUGAAAGAAAUACAACGCACACAUAUCUGUUGUAAGCUAUAUGACACUGACUAAUGUUUGAAAUGACUUGUCAAUAAACUCAAUAGCUAUAUAUUCCAUUUUGAAGGCUGCACCAUAAGGAGGAUGCGUUUGAAGGCCACAUUCAUCGAGGAUGUCUCAUUUAAGAAAAUUAAAGAGGUUUUAUGAUUCGAUUUCAAGUUUUCCUUUCUCUUUGGAUUGUUACAAGCUGUUCGUGCAUAGACAAGAACCCUAAAGUUGCAAAGACUAAAGUCUCAAACCCAAAGAAAUAUUCUUUAUAAAAGUUAAAGGG